AUGCCGGGUUGUGCCGUAGCUAAUUGUAAGAAUUAUAAUCGGGUGACGAAAGGAUCAAACAUAAAAUACUUUCGAUUUCCUCAAAAUGAAGAGUUUGUAAAGCAAUGGGUGGUUGCAUGUCGGCGCCAAGAUGAAAUAAAUUUGAAAAAUGCAUGCAUAUGUUCCAAACAUUUUGAUGCUGACUCUUUUGAAAUUCCUCUACGACAUAAAUUGCUGAAAUAUACCUGCAAAACUAGUAGAUACUUAAAACCUGAUGCUGUGCCUACUUUACAACUACCAGGUUAUCACGACUCCAAUUUACAAAAUCAAGUAGAAAGAGUUGCACGACUGAAGAAGAGAAGACAACAUAAGGAUGUAGAGGACAUGUUAAGAGCAAGUACCUCUUGCAUUUUAAAUCCAAUACAGAUAUCAGAUAACGAUGUUAAUAUGGAAACUGAAACAAGUAAUCCCACAACGUUACCUGUAGCUGAAACAGAAAAGGACCUGACGGCAACAAAAGUCAAGAUAAGGGAGGAAAGUCGACCUAGAGAGAUUACUCUGCGGGAAAAGAAGGAUUCUGAAGCUCUUUGGCGACGACACCAACGCACACCACAGGACCUGAGGAAGCACGGACACCAACAAAAGCAGUGA